AUCAAGUCCCCGCCACCGCCUCGCGAAAACAGCGCCUGGCCAAGGCUCCGAGCUGGGAGAGCCGUGUGGAGCUUGGUCCAGGGCAGGGGCAGCGCAGCGCUACGCGGAGCAGCCCAGCCAGUGCUGAGAAACGGAGAGGAGCACGAGAGCCUAAGAGCCCGGAGCCGGGGUGGCUGCGGCUUGCAGCCAUGACCCCAGGAGUUCCCCCCUCCGCCGGGGGUCGGGGCAUUUGAUACCCUGCACAGCCGCUUGCAGCUGCCCCUGGAGGUGGCCACUGACUUCCUCCUGCUCCCGCUGCUCUCUCUCUCCCUCUCCCACUUCUUGCUUGGGCUCUGUGGCUGCAGUCACCCCAGACUUCCUCGCCCGCCAGCUCGUUUUGCAAACUGGGGGUGUCUGGGCCAGCGGCAGGAGCCGCCGCCGGAGCCUCCGCCGCCGCCUCCCCCUCCCCCUCCCCCUGGCCCUGGCCAUGGCCCGGUGGGUCCUGGGACUGAGGGUCCCGGGGGCGUCCGGCGGCGUCUACUUCAGCCUCUCACCGCCACCGCCACUGUUGCUGCUGCUGCUGCUGCUGCUGCUGGGACAGACGCGGGCUUUUGGGGACGAGGAGGAGAGACGCUGCGACCCCAUUCGGAUUUCGAUGUGCCAGAACCUGGGGUACAACGUGACCAAGAUGCCCAACUUGGUGGGGCAUGAGCUUCAGACGGACGCCGAGCUGCAGCUCACCACCUUUACCCCGCUCAUCCAGUACGGCUGUUCCAGCCAGCUACAGUUCUUCCUUUGUUCUGUGUAUGUGCCAAUGUGCACAGAGAAGAUCAACAUCCCCAUCGGUCCCUGUGGAGGUAUGUGCCUUUCGGUCAAGAGGAGGUGUGAACCUGUUCUGAAGGAGUUUGGGUUUGCCUGGCCCGACAGCCUCAACUGCAGCAAGUUCCCCCCCCAGAAUGACCAUAACCACAUGUGCAUGGAAGGUCCAGGUGAUGAAGAGGUUCCCCUGCCCCACAAGACACCCAUUCAGCCCGGAGAAGAGUGCCACACCAUGGGCGCGCAUUCCGAUCAGUACAUCUGGGUGAAAAGAAGCCUGAACUGCGUCCUGAAGUGCGGCUACGACGCCGGCUUAUACAACAGGUCAGCCAAGGAGUUCACUGACAUCUGGAUGGCUAUGUGGGCCAGCCUGUGCUUCAUAUCGACUGCCUUCACAGUGCUGACCUUCCUCAUCGACUCCUCCAGGUUUUCUUACCCUGAGCGUCCCAUCAUCUUUCUCAGUAUGUGCUACAAUAUUUAUAGCAUUGCUUAUAUUGUGAGGCUGACCGUGGGCAGGGAAAGGAUAUCCUGCGAUUUUGAAGAGGCAGCAGAACCAGUUCUCAUCCAAGAAGGUCUUAAGAACACAGGAUGUGCUAUAAUUUUCUUACUGAUGUACUUCUUUGGGAUGGCCAGCUCCAUCUGGUGGGUUAUUCUGACACUCACUUGGUUCUUGGCAGCGGGACUCAAAUGGGGUCAUGAGGCCAUUGAAAUGCACAGCUCUUAUUUCCACAUUGCAGCCUGGGCGAUCCCGGCGGUGAAAACCAUUGUCAUCUUGAUCAUGAGACUCGUGGAUGCUGAUGAGCUGACGGGCUUGUGCUAUGUUGGGAACCAGAACUUGGACGCACUUACAGGUUUCGUGGUGGCUCCACUCUUCACUUACCUGGUGAUCGGGACCCUGUUCAUCGCCGCCGGCUUGGUGGCCUUAUUCAAAAUUCGAUCCAAUCUCCAAAAGGAUGGGACGAAAACGGACAAGCUGGAAAGGCUGAUGGUCAAAAUUGGAGUCUUCUCAGUGUUGUAUACAGUGCCUGCCACGUGUGUGAUUGCUUGCUAUUUCUACGAGAUCUCCAACUGGACCCUCUUCCUCUAUUCAGCCGAUGAUUCUAACAUGGCCGUUGAGAUGCUGAAAAUCUUUAUGUCUUUGUUGGUGGGGAUCACUUCUGGCAUGUGGAUCUGGUCUGCGAAGACGCUCCACACGUGGCAGAAAUGCUCCAACAGACUGGUGAACUCGGGGAAGGUAAAACGAGAGAAGAGGGGAGAUGGUUGGAUAAAACCUGGGAAAGGAAAUGAAACUGUAGUCUAAACAGAGCCAACUAGCAAGCCCCCAAAGGGGGAAACGCUUGCCCGUUGGUAGAGAUGCAGCCCCCAGUUUAAUGCAAUAACUCCAUUUGAACACGGCUCGUAUGUACGAGUAAGCAACACAUGUUAAAAAACAAACAGCCCCAAACACAUCACCAGAACAGCAUUUCUGCUGCCAGCAGUGGCGUUCUCCCAAACAGAAAGGCCAAUAGAGGCUUUCAAAGCUGUGAAAAAUCAAGCCCCUGAUCACUUUAGCAGGUUGCAGUCUGGAGUCCUGACAUUGUGUACAGACCUUGCAGCUUGAGUGGCAAAAUUGCUGAGCCCCUGCUCGGUCAGAAGUUAUCAGAGCUGUGUCUUGUAACUUGCAGGGAGAAAGAUUAACUUUCUUAAACCCUUUAAAAUUUGGAAUACUAACUGGGUCUUUCAAAUAGUUAACCCAACCCAUAAACACUGGAAAUGUUGAGUUCAGAGAAAUGUUACAAGGGUUUUCUAGUUUGGUUUUCCUGAAGGUGUUUACAGCAUAACUUAAACAUUUUCCAUGGUGCCCAGUUUGCUUCUCAGAGCUGUGCCAAUCACACCCCGCGUGGUGAUGUAAAAAUACUUUAUUGUCUUUGUCAUGAAGUAGAAUUAUUUGGGCAAAGCAUAAAAAGCACACAAGGGUCCAGUGGAUUAAAAAAACAAAAUGAAACAGAAAAACUUAAUGUCAGUAUCUCCUUGUGUUCCAGGAUGUUACUCUUCCAUUCCCUUUGCACCUCACAUUCUGCAUUAAUGACUUAAAAGCAUAUCUUUAUGCUAAUUAAAAAAAAUUACAGCAUGACCAAGGGUUUGGGGGAUGGGGAAUUAAGGGUGAUUCACUUUCUGACAAUCACUUAAUUCAGAGAAAAACGAGAUUUACCCAGUCUACUUACCUUACACACCCCAGAGACCCAUUGCAUUGAGCAAUUAAGACUUAAUAUAUUUCACUUUGUGUGAUUGCAUCUCUGCAGACGCCAGUCUGGAAGGACUAAAAUGUUAAAUUUCUUGGCAACUUUGUGUUCACACAGAUUAACUGUGUAAUUUGUGUGUGUCAAUUACAAUUAAGAGCACAUUCUCCGACCAUGACAUAGUCCCCUGCCUGACUUUAAGCUAUGGUCAGCUUGCAUUCUCAGAAUGAUAGUGUGUUUUUUGUUGUAUUUUUUUUUAAUAUAAGAAUGUUAUCAGAGAGUCUGGUCUCCUCCAUUCAACAAUGGAGACAUUUUCCUUUCUGUAAAGGGAUCUAAGGCGAGCAAAUCCAACUCCUUGGUGCACAAUUGUUUCCUAGUAAUUGGCGAUGGCUCUUGCUGGCUCCCUCAGAGGCAGCAUGGUCUGUAGUAUUUAUAUGGUGCUUAAUGAAUCUCCUGACUUCCAGCAAGGACCUUGUUUGGUUAGCAGGGGACAUAGUGUAAACCAUAUAAACGUGCUGAGUGCUGAGAAAUCACAGGUCUUAAUUGCCCCAUUGUUGACUGGCCCCAUGCUUUGGACUGUUUGAAAACUUGCUUCACAUGGAAAGAGAGCCUUUCAGAAGAUUCUGAAAAAUAGUUCUUUUGAAAAAUGUAGCUAAGUCCCAAGUAUUAACCUGCUUAAAGCCUUCUGGGCUUUUAGUCUGUAGCAGAUGCAAUGUUUGCCAAUCCUGGGUAUACUUUUGUUCCUUUCCUUCCAAUUCAUAACCAGCCUUAGAUUCAGCUCUCACUUAGCAAGGGCACAUAAUUCAUUCAUUUAAAAAAUUUUCUUUGCAAACUGUGUUCUUCUGAUGGGAAAGCCCUGGCCCCUUUCUUUUGUGCAGAAAUGUAUCCAAAGUCUCAGAAUUCCAAUGAGGUGGCCAGAUUUUGAUGAUAAGCUUCUCCUUUUAUUGCUUGCUUCUGUCAAAUAUGGAACAGUUACCCUGGUAUAAUCAGUCAGGAGCAGGAGCCUGAGGAAGGAUCCCUGGAAAGGCUGGCGUGAAUCAGCUCAGCUAAAUUAGAGACUAUUGCAUGUAGAAUGUAAACGUUGAACUCCCUGAUCUGUGCACAAGAGAGUUCCCAUAAAUGUCCAGGGCCACCAAAUCCUAGCACAGGGGCAGAUUCUGCCCUUACUCACGCUCUACCCUAGUGCCUGGGGAGUUGUGCAUCCAAUCUGGCCCAGGAAAAGGAGGGAGAAGGACUUCACCAAGGAUUAAUAUGGAUGCCUGGCUGUUAAGAGUUCUGGAUUUUCUAACUCUUUGAUUCCUAACAUUUCAGUGAUCUUGUGACUGGGGCAGUCUAAUCCAGUAGGAGAGAACACUUGAGUGGGAAGUCAGGAGACCAGCUUUCACAUGCUGGAGUGUGGGUCAUUUGUGAGGUGCUGACAUGUCACACUGCUCAAGUCUCUUGCCUUCUAAGGUAAAAAAGCCCACAAUCAGUAGCGGUCACCUCUGCUAGCUGAGUAGAAACUGACCACAGAGAUGCCAAGUUUCCCUCUUGCUAUCUUCCAAAUGAAUGAGGUAUUUAGGACAGAGAGCAGGAGUUCUUAACCUGUUUGGUGGCAUGAACCUAUCUCUGACAGCAGUCUGGGGAAGCCUUUGGACCCCUUCUUGGACUAAUUAUUUUAAAUGCAAAAUAAAACAGACACAAGAUUACAAAGAAACAAAUGAUACUGCAAUAUAAUUAUUAAAAUAAAUUCUCUUAAAUUUACAGACUCCAGAUUAAGAACUCCUGCCUUAGGCAGAGAGAUUUUAGAAGGAUGAUGUUUGCAUCUGUGUUUUCUGCUGUGUAAAUUGGCUCUUUGCUAUAGCCAGCCAGUUUAUAACUAUCUCAUUUGGUAUUUGAACCCCCCAAAUGCCUACCAUGUACAAAACUCUUGACAAAAGGGGUACACAUUCUUUUUUUAUUCACUGCCAUGGGUUUUCACCAUAGGAUGGCAUAUUUGUGGUCUCCUUAAGUCUAUUGAGCUGCUUUGUGCAUCUUGCAAAACAGAGUGGAGGCUUCCUGAAAGCCCUUCCACUUUUCCAUAGGUUUUUGGUCCACCAAGGCCAGUGGAGUUUUGUGUGACCUUCCACUCUUGGCACUCACUCUCACCAACCCCUGAGUGAUUUUGUUUUUUAAGGUUACUCCAUGAUGUAGCAGCAUGGGCAUGGUAGGAGGGAAGCAGCAACAACUCUGCAGGGAAUUCUUAUGCAAACAGCCUUCCUCUGCAAAGCUGAGAUCCAUCUCUGCUGGCUUCAGGAAGGCCAGGUAUCCUGGCCCCCACUUUUCAAUUAAAUUAAGCAUCUACAGGGGAGAUAGAAAGUUUGGAUAAGGCAUGGCCCCUGGCCUCUGCUGGGGGGGAGAAGACAAAUCCAGAUGGCUUUAAUAUAUAGUAUUACAUGGUAAAUGCAUCAGACAAUUGCAAACAAAGUACUUUGUGAGUACAGGUCUGAGGGGGAAGGUAAUUCCAUUUCUUUUCCUCCAUAUUGGAACUCAUUGUGACUUAUCGUGGUUAAUGCUGGGGCAGCAUCUUGCCUGGCAAAAAGCCAAGGCUGCUUUUCUUCCUCUGGAAUUUGGGAUAAGUUGUCAUCUGUCACUUCUGGGAAGACUCUUUGGCAGCUGGAGAAUUUAGCUAUUAAAAACCAAAGCAUCUCUGUUCACUUUUAGUGGGGAAUCUUCUAAACCAUUAGACUAGGCUAUAUUCAAUUCUCUGUUGUACCUCUUCCCUCCCCUCUUAGACCAAGAUGAAUUUCAGGGCAGAAUAGAAUGAAUUAUUGUGGAGUCUGGGCAAGCAAGGUGGUCUGACUGAACUUGAUUCACAUGUUUUUCCUCUUAAUGCUCUGGCCCAUUUUCUGUCCUGCUUGCUUAGGUGUCCCAGAACUGGCCAAAGGUCAGGGGUGGAAGCUUCCUUUUCUUGAGUUGCCUUCCUUCUUCCUACUGAUUUUCCCAUAUAAUAGAGAUCUAGAUUUCAAUUUGAAAGGGAACUUUAGAGGCCAUGGAGUCCAAUCCUUCAUUACACAGAUGGAGGAAGUGAGGCACAGAGGUUAAGUUAUUUGUCUAAAAUCAGGUAAAAGUGUCUAAGGUAGGAUGUUAAUCUCAGUCUUCUGGAUUCCAAGUCUAGUGACCUCCUCAGUAUUCAUGACAUCCCAACCCUGAGAUUGCAUUACCAGUAACAGAACCAUGUGAAAUCCCCAAGUUCUGCUCUUUCUUACCCGUAUAACUUUCCUUUCUCUAGGCCUCAGUUCUCAUAUCUGUGAAAUUAGGGAGAAGGACUAGAUCUCAGGUGUCAAAUAUGGAACCAAUUUUAAUGUGUUUUUCUAAGCCAAUAUUCAAGCCCAUUUCUACUUGAUUUUGACACCGUUAGGAUAGAUGAUCACCAAGAACCUUUCCAGCUCUCAAUCCAUGAGCCUAUAAUUUGUUUUCAUAGCAGCCACUGCCAAAGUAUGAAAAAAUUUUAUGGUGCAAAACUUUUGCUAUUUGUAGAAAUGGAAACUAAUAUUUCUGUAGGCUAGAAGAGUCAUGAAGUCCAGAGCUGGAAGACUGAGGCAUGAGCCAAGAGGGGUCUAAACAUAAACUUAUAUAUACUACAUGUAUACUAUAGGAACUGUGGAGUAUUGGAAUUUGAGUCAAGAAAACCUGAGAUUAGAUUCUGCCUUGGAUAUGAGUUGCUUGAUAUAAAGUCACUUAAUUUAUGAGCCUCAAUUUCUUCAUCUGCAAAAUGGAAAUAAUACCUCUUAAUACCCACUUCACAAGGUUAUUGUGAAGUUCAAAUGAUAUAUAAUACAUGUAAAGUGCUUUACAAAUUUUAAAGCCCCAUAUAAAAUCUGCUAUUUUUAUUUUGUGUUAUAGCGGGAAUGUUAGAGGGCUUUCGAUAUAAAUACUCAUGCUUCAUUAUGCCUUGGCAAAUUCCUUAUUGUGUUUCUUGUAUCUGAGUCCAGACUCCUAACUUAGGUUUGUGUCUUGCCUGGGAAAGGGGCUACGCUAUCCCCUCCUUAGACGCAAGGUAGGGAUUCUGUAUAGUUGCCAAGAAAAUCCUUUGCUGGACUAGGGAGUGAAUAUACUGCCCAUUUUUAAAGCAGUGGCAUUUAUUUGAUUUCACUAGAAUAUUCUCUCAGUCAAUCUACUUCCUUUUAGCCACUUGGGUAACAAUGUACACUGCAUGAAUUAGACCCUUGAGAGUGAUGUUGCAGCAAAGGUCUUGCUGUAAUGCCUUAUUUUAGGUAAGACUAACUGGUCCUGACAGCAGUGACUUGGGCCUCUUUCAAGUUUCUCUUUUCUUUUUCCUUAGUUAAUUGGCAGAGUCUGCAAUCUUGAUUCAAGGUAGGCCCUGAGUGGAGAGUCUUGGCUCAAAUGGAUUAAUUUCCAUUAUGCAUUUUCCUUGUUUUUUCCCAGUUUUCAAAAAUCACCAUCAUCAUUCAAGGUGUCUUUUAGGUAGGCUAGUACUUUUGUUUUCUUCAUUGCUGGGUUUGUCUAUCCCUCAUCUGCUUUGAAGAAGAGAAGUUCUGGUCAAUGAAGGUUGACCUCCAUUUUUGUUUUUAGGUGGUCUUUGUUUCAGAAAUGUUUUCAUUCCUGCCUUGUGGGUGAUAUUCUAUUGCUUGACGGUAAAGGCUAUAAAGGUUAAGACUGUGCCUUCUUUAACACCUUUCACCAGAUUCCUAUAAAUGGAAGGUGUUUUCUCAUUUCAUAUUUGUUGAGUAAAAGAAUGAUUGACUCAGUUAUUGUGCCUAGAUGUAGGUAAGUCACUUAAACCACUCAAUACCAGAGUUUCUACCUGUGGUAUUGCCUGGCUCCUCCCUACCUCGCAGGGGUGUUGUGAGUGAGGUCCCAGAACUGAAAAGUCCCUAGAGCACCUUUGGAGAAAGGUGCUGUGAAUAUAGACUGCCUUUAGAAGAGGGAACAACAGAAAUAUGACUAGCCUUACUAUAAAAGACAUUGCAAGCCAAAAGCCAGGCAGCCAGCUUUUGUCUUCCUGCUUUCCCACCCCAUAGCCAGCCAUCUUGAGGCCAAUCUGUGAAGGUUGAGAUGUUUUACAUAGAGGUACCAGGAUGAUAGUCUAUUAAACAUGUCCUGAAUGAAUUUCUGAACUUCAAAGACAAUGGACACUGAUAUUUUUUAGGAUGUACAAAAGCAUAUCUGCAUUGAUGUAUGUACUGUAAAUUUCUAAUUUAUCACUGUACAAAAGAAACUUUGCUAUUUAAUUUUGUAUCAAAGGAAAAUAAAGUUUUGUUUAUUAA